GCGUUAGCCACAUGGUGAAAGCAUGUUGAGUCUUAAAUUCACUUGCGUUACCUUAUAAAUUUAUCAUAAUCAUAAUGUAAUUAAAAAAUAUAUAUCUAACAUAACAUAACAUAAUAAAUAUAAAUAUAUAAACAACAGUCUAUAGUAAUAAUUAUAAAUUAAAUAUUUAAAUAGUGCUCCUAACGCGGCGUUUUAAUUAUUAAUUUAAUUUCACUUAAAAAUAUUAUUUAUUAAAUAUAAUUAUUAAUUAUAAUUAUUUCAUAUUUAUAAUUCAUUAUUUAAGUAUAUAAUAAUAUUAUAAAAUAAAUAGUAAUAAUAAAAAUGAUCCUCGAGUGUAUUACGGUCGGUAUUAUUCUUCUUGCAACAAAAUAUCGCAACAAUGUUGUCACGGGUGUCAAAUAUUUAUGUAAAAACAGUAAUGAUGUUAAGUCUAGUGGUAAUGGAAUAGUUCUUGAUGAUAAUAAUAAUGUAAUUGAUAGUAAUUCGAAAAGUAGUUAUGAAGUCGACAAUGUAAUGCCGGCAUUGCAAUUAAAUAAAAUUAUUCUGGCUGAUGAUAUUCAAAAAUGCGAUUACGCUGUUCAACGUAUUCGUAGUGAAUUGACUGAUGGAGUUUUGGGAUUUGAUUGUGAGUGGGUAAAUGGCGGAUCAGUAUCAUUAUUACAAUUAGCUACAAAUAAUGGAACUUGUGCAUUAAUUCGUCUUUGUAAAAUUGGACAUGUUCCAUUACAAUUAAAGGAAUUACUAUCAAACAGUUCAAUAAUAAAAGUCGGUGUCAGUCCAUCCGACGACGUAAAAAAACUUUUUCUAUCAUACGAUUGUAUGGUGAUGGGAGUUCUUGAUCUUCGUCUUCUUGCCGAGCGUCUUUCCGUAACUUGUCAUCAAAGUCUUGCAGCUCUCAGUCUCGAGUAUCUUAACUACGAGAUGGAAAAGUCGACUGACAUACGCUGCGGUAAUUGGAACGCAGACCAGCUCGAUUACGCUCAAAUUCAAUACGCCGCCACUGACGCCAUUGUUUCUGUUUUAAUUUAUCACGAGAUCAUUAAAGAAGCAGAUAAAAAAAAAUCAACAUGGAGUAAAAUAGUUAGAUUUAUUAAAAAUAGUUGGGUUAAAAAUUCUUAUGUAUAUUAUGAUAUACCCAAAGAUAUUAUUGAUUCCAAAUAUCGAGGCUCAAGUAAGAAAAUUAAUAAUAAUUUAUCAAUUUCUAAUUAUUCAGAAAAAUCAAAUAGUGACAACAUUGAUUAUAAUUAUAAUAAUACUAUAAAACAAAAUGCACCGACGCGUAAAGAACCGUUGUAUCAUAAUUGUUACUUAGAAGCACCAGAUGGCGAGACACUUUGUACGUGUGAUCGUAAAAAAGCCGAAUGGUACAUUGCCAAAAAUUUAGGGGUAAAAGUAAAAGACAAUCCGCUGACAGUGAGACUUAAUUUUGAACCUUCUGGUCGAGCGAUGGGACAAGUAGGAGAGUAUUAUACGCAAACUAAAGUAAAUCAGUGCGUUGUUUGCGGUGCCGAGGACGAAUUUGUUAAAAAAAAUGUCGUACCUAAGGAAUACCGUAAAAAUUUUCCAGUGAUUAUGAAAGCACAUCAAUCACACGAUUGUUUACUACUUUGCCCAAGAUGCCACGAAAUAAGUACCAGACAUGAUUUAACAAUGAGAGAAAGAUUGGCUGAAAUGUGUAACGCGCCAUUAUCAAAGCCGUUAUCACAGAAAUUAGUCGAACAAAAUCGUAUUAAACGCGAAUUAAUGUCAGCAAUAAAAGCUCUCAGAGGUAAAUAUAAGAUACCAAGUCAACGGAGGAAACAAUUACAGGCACGUAUUCUAGAGUACUCAGGUCACGAUAAAAUUACGCCACAAGUAUUGAAUUUUGUUGAAGACAAACUUAUAAGAGAGGUUCCAUCAUUAGCUUUUUAUGAAGAUAAACCUAAUCAUGGUCUCAAGGUUGUGGAACACUUUGUUAGAUCAGGAAAAGGUUUAGUGGAACUAGAACGUUUGUGGCGUCAGCAUUUUGUAACGACAAUGCGCCCAAAAUAUUUACCAAAAUUAUGGUCAAUAGAUCAUAAUCAUAUAAGAUUAGAAAUGCGCGCUAGUCAAAAUCGAAUACAACCUGAGGAUGCUAUAGUCGCCGGGCUUCGAUAUUAAUUUAAAAAAAAAAUAUUAGGUCAUGUAUUAAUUGUAAAUAUUAAAAAAAAUUAAUAAUUAAAUUUUAACAAUUUAAAUUAUGAAAAAAAUCAAUUAAUUAUAAUGUAAAAAAAAUUACGUAUAAUUAAUUGAAAUGUAAAUUUAAUAAUUUCAUUUAAAAAUUUAAAUUAUUUAAAAAAAAUUAAGAUGAAAUUUAGAAAAUUAAUAUACCAUUUAAUUUAUGAAAU